CCCGGCGCGACUUCCUGUUGUGCCCGCGCCCCGCCGCCGCCUCCGCCGCCGCCGCCCGGCGCCCCUCGCCCGCUCCCAGCGGCCCGGCGCGGCCGCCGCCCAUGGAUUUCACCUAGCGCGGCCGGCCAUGGCGGCGCAGUGCUGCUGCUGCAAGGCGCCCGGCGCCCAGGCCGCGCCCGCCCGCCCGCCGCCGGAGCCGCCGCCCGCCCUGGACGUGGCCUCGGCCUCCAGCGCGCAGCUCUUCCGCCUCCGCCACCUGCAGCUGGGCCUGGAGCUGCGGCCCGAGGCGCGCGAGCUGGCCGGCUGCCUGGUGCUCGAGCUGUGCGCGCUGCGGCCCGCGCCCCGCGCGCUCGUGCUCGACGCGCACCCGGCCCUGCGCCUGCACUCGGCCGCCUUCCGCCGCGCCCCCGCCCCCGCCGCCGCCGCCGCCGCCGAGCCGCCCUGCGCCUUCGCCUUCGCCGCCGCCGGGCCGGGGCCCGCGCCGCCGCCCCCGCUGCCCGCCUUCCCCGAGGCGCCCGGCGCCGAGCCCGACUGCUGCCCGCUGGCCUUCAGGGUGGACCCGUUCACCGACUACGGCUCGUCGCUCACCGUCACGCUGCCGCCCGAGCUGCAGGCGCACCAGCCCUUCCAGGUCAUCCUGCGCUACACCUCGACCGACGCCCCCGCCAUCUGGUGGCUGGACCCCGAGCUGACCUACGGCAACGCCAAGCCCUUCGUCUUCACCCAGGGCCACUCGGUGUGCAACCGUUCCUUCUUCCCCUGCUUCGACACGCCCGCCGUCAAGUGCACCUACUCAGCCGUCGUCAAGGCCCCGUCGGGGGUGCAGGUGCUGAUGAGUGCCACUCAGAGCACGUACGUGGAGGAGGAGGGCGUCUACCGCUUCCACAUGGAGCACCCCGUGCCCGCCUACCUCGUGGCCCUCGUGGCCGGGGACCUGCAGCCGGCAGACAUCGGGCCCAGGAGCCGCGUGUGGGCUGAGCCGUGCCUCCUGCCCACGGCCACCAGCAAGCUGUCGGGUGCAGUGGAGCAGUGGCUGAGCGCAGCCGAGCGGCUGUACGGGCCGUACAUGUGGGGCAGGUACGACAUUGUCUUCCUGCCACCCUCCUUCCCCAUCGUGGCCAUGGAGAACCCCUGCCUCACGUUCAUCAUCUCCUCCAUCCUGGAGAGCGACGAGUUCCUGGUCAUCGACGUCAUCCACGAAGUGGCCCACAGCUGGUUCGGCAAUGCCGUCACCAAUGCCACAUGGGAGGAGAUGUGGCUGAGCGAGGGCCUGGCCACCUAUGCCCAGCGCCGCAUCACCACUGAGACCUACGGGGCUGCCUUCACCUGUCUGGAUACGGCCUUCCGCCUAGAUGCCCUGCACAGGCAGAUGAAGCUGCUCGGAGAGGACAGCCCGGUCAGCAAGCUGCAGGUCAAGUUGGAGCCAGGCGUGAACCCCAGCCACCUGAUGAACCUGUUCACGUACGAGAAGGGCUACUGCUUUGUGUACUACCUGUCCCAGCUGUGCGGUGACCCCCAGCGCUUUGACGACUUUCUCCGAGCCUACGUGGAGAAGUACAAGUUCACCAGCGUGGUAGCCCUGGACCUGCUGGACUCCUUCCUGAGCUUCUUCCCGGAGCUGAAGGAGCAGAGCGUGGACUGUCGGGCAGGGCUGGAGUUCGAGCGCUGGCUCAACGCCACGGGCCCCCCGCUGGCCGAGCCGGACCUGUCUCAGGGCUCCAGCCUGACCCGGCCCGUGGAGGCCCUCUUCCAGCUGUGGACCGCAGAGCCCCUGGACCAGGCCGCCGCCUCCGCCAGCGCCAUCGACAUCUCCAAGUGGAGGACCUUCCAGACAGCGCUGUUCCUGGACCGGCUCCUGGAUGGGUCCCCGCUGCCCCAGGAGGUGGUGGUGCGCCUGUCCAAGUGCUACUCGUCCCUGCUGGACUCCAUGAACGCCGAGAUCCGCAUCCGCUGGCUGCAGAUCGUCGUCCGCAACGACUACUACCCCGACCUCCACCGCGUCCGGCGGUUCCUCGAGAGCCAGAUGUCCCGCAUGUACACCAUCCCACUGUACGAGGACCUCUGCACCGGCGCCCUCAAGUCCUUCGCCCUGGAGGUGUUCUACCAGACCCAGGGCCGGCUUCACCCCAACCUGCGCAGGACCAUCCAGCAGAUCCUGUCCCAGGGCCUGGGCCCCGGCGCCGAGCCCGGCGCGGAGCAGGUCGCCGCGGGAGCGGACUCGGAGGUGGACCCGGACGCUCCGGCCCUGCUGCUCGGGGACGAGGCCCCCGGCGGCGCCAUUUCUCUCAGGGACGUCAACGUGUCUGCCUAGCCCCGGCCCCCCAGACACCACGACUGUGCCUUCUGCGGCCCCGGGCCCGCCGCGACUGUGCCUCGGCUCCGGCCGCGAGCUCCCCGCUGUGGGCUCGGCCAGGGACUUCCUCGCGGCCGGCGGGGCGGUGGACCUGGUACCCCAGCUCCUUUGCACUGCAGGCCCCGGAGAGGCCAGCACGCGCCAUGCCUGUCUCGACACUGACCGCCGGGCACUGCCCCCGGGGUGACAGCCCCACAGUCCCACGGCGACUGCCACACUGUGCCUUACGUCCGCCGGAAGUCCAGGCCACGCUUCCUCACGCCGGGCCUCCCGCCCACGGAGUCCCGCCCCCGCUGCUGGGGUGGGCAGCCUCAGCUGGCCCCUGGCCAAGGACAAGGACACAGACAUGCCCUUCGUGUAGGGUCAGGGGACACUGAGGAGAGGGUGGACCUCCCUGGGGAGGGCGCCCCGGAAAGCCUUAGCCCCUCAGGGAACACGGGCCCCAGGACAGGACGCCUCCGGGCUGUAACACCCCCCAGGGGAGAGGGCAGGGGGGCUGGUGCUCUUUUCAGGCCUGCCUGCAGGGAGAGGCCUGGGGGCCCUGCACCGGGUCACCAUGAUCGUCCCAUUAAACCCCCACUCUGCAAACAGC